CUCCUCUCUCUGAAACCAUCUUCGCAUUUCCAUUACAGAGAAACCGAGCCACACACAAAGAGAUCCUCCUCUGCCUUCUCUCGCUGCUGUGGAAGUUGAAAGCUGCAACGUCUUUCUCCUUCCGCUUUUAACCUCUCCGCAGUAGCGUUUUUCCGGCUCCGGGACUCUCUUUGAGUUUUUUAAUUUCCGAUUCCAACCCGAGAAACAAAGAAACAAUGGCUCGUUCUUUCUCCAACGCUAAGCUUGUCUCCGCUCUCGUCUCCAACACAAUCGCCAGACGUGGAUACGCGGCGGGGUCACCAGGACUUGCGGCGGUUAGAGGAGAGGCUGCUUCUGUGUCUAGAAGCGUAAACUUGGGCAAGAAAUCAGGUGAAGACAAGGUGGGGUCUGCCUUCAAGGUCUCGUGGGUCCCCAACCCCAAGACCGGAGUUUACGGACCUGAGAACCGCGCCGAUGAGAUCGACGCGGCCGAGCUCCGUAACGUGCUCUUGAAGAAGCAUUGAAUUAUUGAGAAUUGAAAAUGAAAAUGAAAAUGGGGUGAAAAUUUUCUCGCAAGUACGAGGAAUGGGCUGUCGGCGGACUUGGCCAGAUUUAUAUAUAUGUUGUAAUAGCUUGUUUCCCUCGUCCUCUCCUCUAUUUAGGGUUUACAUGUAACCUUUAAAUUUAAUUUUUGCAAUAAAAUGAAACUUAUAUUCUUAGAAA